AUGGCGGACCAAGAGGCGACAGCCAAGCGAGCAGCGGGGUUGACGAAGCUCUUCAACGCCGUCAUUCACGGCAAUCGCGACAUCAAGACGGUGGGCGAUGGUAAUCGGUUUCUGGAGGCAUUCUGUUCUCAAGAGGACGCCUCGAAGUGUGUGGAGCGCCUGAUUGCGUCUCCGGCAGGGUUAGCGGCGGUCUCUAUCGCAUUCAGGUUGACACGUGAGAGCACGUUUCUCAACGGCUUGGCGACAUCCGUCAUCCUCCGACUCGCCGAGCCAUCGGUCAAGCAACUCUACAGUGGCCAGUUUCUGCAACGCGUCCUUGAACAGAUUGUACAACCACCUACAUUUUGGAACACACUCGUUGAGGCACACAUUGCUCAUGUGCUUUCCAGCGAUGCCACGCGUGCCUUCGCGUGGCUCCUACUGGAGCUGCUAUACAGCCGCUCGGAGGACAUCCCAGACGUGCGCGACAUUGCAGAGCGUGCCACUAACAAUGGAUCAUUCAUCAACUCGAACUCCCUAGAUGUCCGCAAUAUCGGUCAGAAGAUCAAACACGUCCUAGACAGCACGUCUGACGAAUCCGCCGAUGGCCCGGGCGGGCGACACGACAACGACUUUACUCAGAUCCAUAAGAUCAAGCUCCUACCAACGCCAGACGAAUUCGCAUGCUCCGAACAUCCGUUCUACAGACGCGCAGAUUCUAUCGCGUCUGCCCCAUUGGAGAGUCGUGGGCUGACUCAUAUUGACAACCAGUUUCGCCUGCUUCGUGAAGAUCUCUUGGGCGAACUGCGCAACGAUUUUCAGAUCGCUAGUGGUCAGAAGAAAGGACGACGGAAGAUAAUCCUCGAGCACCUGAAGUAUGCUGGUAUCGACUGCGGAUCGGAAACGAAACGCAAGCCUUGCUCGCUAAAACUCUCCUGCCCAGACGACAUUCCACAGCUACGCAAUGUCAAGGGCGCUGCUCGCAAGAAGUACCUCGCCGACAACAGAAACGUCCUGAAACACCAGUCACUCGGCUGCCUCAUUAGCAAUGGCAAUAUUGUCGCAUUCGCAACUGUAGACCGUGACGAAGACCUUCUUGCUCAGCAACCUGCUAUCGUCGUGCUGCGUAUAGCCGACGCUAGUUCGUUUGGCAAAGUGCUAAUGGCAUGUAAGCUCGCAGCGGACCUCAGCUUUGUGCAAGUGGAUACCGCGGUUUUCGCGUAUGAACCUAUUCUCAAACGUCUCCAGUCCUUGACUGAGCUGCCACUGGAGGAUCAGCUCCUCAGCCUCACUCCAGAUUCCGCUGAAACAGUCUCUGGCAUCCAACCGACCAAGACCAUCAACGCCAUCUGUGACCAUUGGGAAGAAGACCUUCAAGACAUCAUUGGAAGUAGUCACUCCAUCAAACUGGAUCAAGCCCAGGCAGAUUCUCUAUUGACUGGUCUACUGAAAAAGGUCAGCCUUAUUCAAGGCCCACCAGGAACUGGUAAAAGUUUCAUCGGCGCACUCAUCGCAAAGAUAUUACACGAUCAGACGAAGGAGAGAAUGCUCAUACUCACAUACACGAAUCAUGCUCUGGACCAAUUCUUAGAAGACAUCCAAAAGGCUGGCAUCCCUGCUAGCUCGAUUGUACGACUAGGAUCGAAAUCGAAUGCCAAUACUCGUGCACUCAGCAUCAAAGAACAGCCGAACAACUACAGAAUGACUGCGCAAACAUGGACUUCAAUUCAAGACCAAAAGGUGGAAGCUGAGUCUUAUCAUGACGCGCUAGUCACAAGGAUGGCAUCUUUUGCUUCUACGCGGCUCAGUGAACGAAUGCUUCUCGAUUUCUUGGAGUUCUCUGAUGAUUCAGAAUACUUCGAUGCAUUCGUCGUGCCUGAAAAUGAAGAUGGCAUGACGAUGAUGGGGAAAAACAAUAGGCGCAUCGAUGAGUAUUAUCUAGUCAAGAGAUGGCUUAAAGGUGAAGACGCGGGGGUCUUCUCCAGUCACGCGAUGCAGACCUAUCCUCACGUUUGGAAUGUCCCGCCACAGCUCCGCUGUGAUCUCCAGGCGCAGUGGAACAAGACCAUCCUUGAAGAACGAGUCGCUGAAAUCAGUACGCUUGCCGAUAAGUACAACAAGUGUCGUGCCCAGAUCGAUCGAUUAUUUCGCGAGAAAAACUCCCACGUGCUUGGUCAGAAACAAAUCAUAGGGUGCACUACAACGGCAGCUGCCAUGUACAGCGACGAUAUCCGUAAGGCGUCACCUGGCAUCGUUCUGGUGGAAGAAGCUGGAGAGAUUUUGGAAAGCCAUAUACUUACAGCUUUAACUCCGACCACGAAGCAACUCGUCCUGAUUGGUGAUCACAAGCAGCUACGGCCUAAAGUCAACAACUAUGCCUUGACUGUAGAGGGAGGAGAUGGGUACGAUCUUGAUGUUUCCCUGUUCGAACGUCUUGUGCUUAGUGGAGUCCCUCAUACCACCCUUCGCAAGCAGCAUCGUAUGCGCCCCGAGAUCUCAUCUCUCGUCAGAUCACUUACUUAUCCGGAGUUAAAAGAUGCUGAGAAGACUCAGGGUCGACCGGACCUACGCGGCUUCCAGAGCAACGUCAUCUUCGUAUCACAUUCACGUCCUGAGCUCAACGCAAUCAAGAUUGCUGACCGCCGUGAUGGUGGCGCGAAUUCCAGUAAGGAGAACUUGUAUGAAGCUGAGAUGAUGCUGAAGUGUGUGCGAUAUCUUGGUCAGCAGGGCUAUGGGACGGAAGACAUCGUGGUACUUACACCUUACCUGGGCCAGCUAUACCUGCUAGUGAACACUUUAUCAAAGGAGAACGAUCCCAUUCUGAACGACUUGGAUUCUCAUGAGUUGAUUCAAGCUGGUCUGGUCACACCAGCUAGCGCAAACAUAUCCAAGCGCAAGCUUCGCAUAUCAACUAUCGACAACUAUCAAGGGGAAGAGAGCGAUAUUGUAAUCGCAUGUCUCACACGAAGUAACAAGGCCGGGGACAUCGGUUUCAUGGCUUCUCCUCAGCGUAUCAAUGUGUUACUUUCACGAGCACGGAAUGCUUUGAUCAUGAUAGGCAAUGCAAACACGUUCAUGAGUAGUCGCAAAGGCAAGGAAGUUUGGGUACCGCUCAUGGAUCAGCUGAAGCGAGAUGGCCACGUUUACGACGGUUUCCCUAUCAAAUGUGAGCAACAUCCAGAAAAGACUGCGCUUUUAACCGAGAAAGAGCACUUUGAUACAGUAUGCCCAGAUGGCGGUUGUUCUGAACCAUGUGGCAAGACACUCAACUGUGGCCUUCAUGCUUGCCCCUACCGAUGCCAUCAGUUACAGGAUCACUCGCGUAUGGACUGCAAAGUCAUCAUCUCUUCGACUUGUCCCAGCAAUCAUAAGACUUCAAGAAGGUGUCAUGUGAAAGCCGCGGCACAUUGCCAGAAGUGUGAAGCCGAAGUGAGAGCGCAAGAAAAGAAGCGUCAACGAGAACAUGAGCUAAACGAAGAGCGAGAGGCAAAGCAACGUGCGUAUAAGGCACGACUAGUUGAGAUCGACGAAGAGAUCCAGCACCACAAGCGCGUGCUGAAAGCGCAGGCAGAGGACAGAGAUCGCCAGCAAGCGCUCGAACAGAAAAAGCAAGAUCUUCUCAAUCUGCAGGAGAAGAUCAAAAGUACUAGAAAGCAACCACUUUCAACGACUCCAGCAUCCGAAACAACAGCGUCGCCGUCGACCGGCGAUUCAGGGCUACGGAGGGAUUCUGCAUCGCACAACGCGGCUUCUCCUCACCGCGACGAGACUGCACCUAACGCCAUACCUACAUCGCCAGAUAAAGACCAGGAGCAGCCCAGUUGGGACAAGAGCGAAGCCAGGGAUGAUUGGGAGUGGCAAAAGAGAUAUGAGGGUGCUGAAAAUGAAGCUCUAGAUUCCCUCGUACCCAUGAUAGGACUGGAGUCCGUCAAGCAGCAAUUCCUCACGAUUAAGGCCAAAGUGGAUAUGGUGGUGCGCCAAGGGGUAUCGCUUAAUGCAGAGCGGUUUGGUGCCGCCCUUCUGGGAAACCCCGGCACAGGAAAAACAACGGUGGCUAGGUACUAUUCGAGGUUCCUGUCCGAAGUAGGAGCUCUGCCGGGAGAUCAUUUCAUUGAGAGCUCCGGAUCAGCUCUCGCAAACGACGGCGUGUCCGCUUGCAAAGCCUCUAUCGAUAAAAUCCUCGAAGAAGGUGGCGGCGUGUUCUUUAUAGACGAAGCAUAUCAAUUAGUAUCUGGGAACAGCCCUGGUGGUAAAGCAGUAUUGGACUACCUGCUUGCAGAGAUUGAGAACUUGACCGGCAAAGUUGUUUUUGUAUUGGCGGGCUACCACAAGCAGAUGGAAGCUUUCUUCGCUCACAAUCCAGGCAUCCCAAGCCGUAUACCAAUACGAAUGGAGUUCCAAGACUACGAAGACCGCGAAUUGCAACAAAUCUUCUGCCAGUACAUCGACAAAAAGUAUUCGGGGCGCAUGAAGAUUGAAGGCGGUAUGAAUGGACUCUACAACAAGAUCGCACAGAUCACCGAGCAUCAGGCAAGGCGACUAAGGAAAGAGAGACGAGCUGGCAAGAUACCGAAUGACCAUUUUCUGACGAAGGAGGAUUUGAUUGGACCAGAACCUUCGUCAGUGCUCAAGAACAACGCUACCUGGACGAAGCUGCAGAAGCUUACCGGCCUGUCAUCAGUGAAGGAGUCUGUACAAGUUCUCCUUGACGGGAUACAGACGAACUAUCAGCUCGAAAUGCAAGAGAAGCCUAUUAUCCAGUACUCGCUUAAUCGCUGCUUCAUAGGUUCCCCGGGAACAGGCAAGACCACUGUAGCAAAGCUUUAUGGGCGCAUUCUGGCCGACAUUGGGCUUCUUUCUAACGGAGAAGUCGUCGUGAAAAGCCCAGCGGACUUUGUUGGUAGUGUUCUAGGAGGCUCCGAAGCUAACACGAAAGCCAUCUUGGCGUCCACUAUCGGCAAAGUUCUCAUUGUUGAUGAGGCUUACAUGUUGGCUAGUGGUGCUGCUGGUGAUCCCUACAAAGCUGCAGUUAUUGACACCAUCGUCGCGGAAGUCCAGAGCACUGCAGGCGAAGACCGAUGCGUACUUUUGUUGGGAUACAAGGACCAAAUGGAAGAGAUGUUUCGGGACGUCAAUCCUGGCCUUGCGAGACGGUUUCCACUAGAGUCUGCGUUCGUCUUUGAAGACUUCAACGACACUGAGAUUCGUCAAAUCUUUGACUUCAAGCUCAAGGGUAUCGAUUUUGAUGCUACGGAUCAAGCUAAGAAGGUUGCCAUGGAAGUCAUACAACGUGCGCGCAACCGCCCAAACUUCGGCAACGCAGGCGAAGUCGACAUUAUCCUGGAUCGCGCAAAGGCUUUACACCAGAAACACAACUCUUCUGGGAAAGUAAAGCAAUUUGGCACGUUUGAAGCUAUUGACUUUGACCCAGAUUUUGACCGUGGUGAACGUGCAGCCACUGAGAUUUCUGCUCUCUUCCAAGACGUGGUAGGAUGUGAAGAACUUAUCAAACAGUUCCAGGGUUACCAAAACACUGCUGCAACCCUGAAAGCUCUCGGGAUGGAUGCUCGAGAACAGCUACCCUUCAGCUUUCUUUUCAAGGGACCGCCGGGGACUGGCAAAACUACCACGGCUGCAAAGAUGGGCAAGAUCUUCUACGACAUGGGCUUUCUCAGCCAGGCCAGCGUGGAAGAAUGUUCCGCUACCGAUCUAAUCGGACAGUAUGUGGGCCACACUGGGCCAAAGGUGCAAAAGCUCAUGGAAAAGGCUAUGGGUAAAGUUCUUUUCAUCGAUGAGGCCUAUCGCCUUGCAGAAGGUGGAUUCGCGACUGAGGCGAUGGAUGAGCUGGUUGACUGCCUCACCAAACCAAAGUUCGCGCAAAGACUCGUGGUCAUUCUAGCCGGCUACGACAAGGACAUCGAUCGGUUGAUGAGCAUGAAUCCUGGCCUGACCAGUCGCUUCCCCGAGACGGUUUUAUUCAAGCAUCUCGACCCGGAAACAUGCUUCAAGCUUCUUGUCAAAGAUCUACAGAAGAGGAAGAAGAAAGCGCCACUUGAUCUGUCGGUCCUCGAUCCGCCAACAUCAGAACUAUUGCGAAAACUGCUGCAGCUCUUCCGCGAAAUGUCAGUACUGGAAUCGUGGGGUAACGCUCGCGACGUGAAAUCGCUCGCGAAGAGCAUGUUUCAGGCACUCAUCUCUACGGCUGUACGUCCGAUUACUAAUCUCAUACUCACGCAAACGAUCGUCAUGAGCACUAUGGAAAAAAUGCUGGAUGAACGUUCCCGACGAAAUGCCGCUGUUGGUACAAACCGCUUCGACAAGUCGAUACCUCUACGACCAAUGCCGCAGCCACAGAUGCAGAAUUCGGCACCGCCGAUGGCGCGAAGUUUAGAUAUCGACACGGAUACUGCCCCACCACCAACUGUGAUCAGCACGGACAAGCAAGAAGAAGAGCUAAAGUCAAUGGAGAAGAAACCUAAGCUUGCAGUAGAGCCCGAAGACCCCUUCGACUCAAUCUUCAAAGCCAAGCGCGACCCGGGCGUGUCCGACGAAGUAUGGGAACAACUAGAACGCGACAAACAUGCCAUGGUCACUAAAGAGCGCGAGUUUCGUCAUAUGCAAGAAGAGAAGCGAGAGUACGAAGAGCGUAUCAAGGAGUUCAUCCGUGCGGAGAAAGCCGCCGCCGAUGAAGAAGAGCGGCGUGUCCGAGAGCAAGCGCGCAUUGCAGCUGAACUGGAGAGGCGGCGUCGCGACGAGGAAUUGGCAGCUAUCGAGCGAGAGCGACAAAAGGAGAUGGAGAGGCAGAAAAAGCUGAAGGUGUUGGGUCGAUGCCCAAUGGGUUACAUGUGGAUCAAGCAGGCUAGUGGAUACAGGUGUGCGGGUGGGAGCCAUACGCUUUCCGAUAGUUAUGUUGAUUCGGUAUCUUUCUAA